UUUUCUCUGGCCUUCAGUUUCUUUCCGCCAUCGUAUUCUCUUCCCCAUCCCAGGAUCCCAAAAGAAAGAGGGAUAAUCACAGAGGAGUUGGUAGGGCUGCGGUUGGGAUGGCAGGUCAAACGGCGAGGGGCGAGGAGUUCGAGAAAAAGGCUGAGAAAAAGCUCGCCGGAUGGGGGCUUUUCGGAUCCAAGUACGAGGAAGCCGCCGAUUUAUACGAGAAGGCCGCGAAUUGCUUCAAGCUCGGGAAGAACUGGGACAGAGCUGGAGUAGUAUAUACCAAGUUAGCAAAUUGCCAUCUAAAGUUAGAAAGCAAGCAUGAAGCAGCAUCAGCUUAUGUGGAUGCAGCAAACAGUUACAAGAAAAUUUCAGCUCAAGAAGCCGCACAAUGUCUAAACCAGGCUGUCAAUCUUUUCUUGGAUAUUGGUAGACUGAACAUGGCCGCAAGAUACUUCAAGGAACUUGCUGAGAUAUAUGAGCAGGAACAGGAUUUGGAGAAAGCUAUGGAUUACUUUGAGAGGGCAGCUGAUCUUUUUCAAAGUGAGGAGGUGACGACUUCUGCCAACCAGUGUAAACAGAAGGUUGCUCAAUUUGCUGCUCAGCUGGAACAGUACCCAAAAGCAAUUGAGAUCUUUGAAGCCAUAGCAAGGCACUCGAUCAAUAACAGUCUUUUGAAGUAUAGUGUCAAGGGAAUCCUCCUUAAUGCCGGUAUCUGUGAGAUAUGCAAAGGCGACAUCGUUGCUAUAACAAAUGCGUUAGAGCGAUAUCAGGAACUUGAUCCAACCUUUUCUGGCACACGUGAAUUCAAACUCCUAUCUGAUUUGGCCUCUUCAAUGGAUGAGGAAGAUGUUAUAAAGUUCACUGAAGCUGUAAAGGAAUUUGAUAGCAUGACUCGACUGGAUCCAUGGAAGACAACCCUUCUUCUGCGGGCAAAGAGUGCUCUGAAAGCCAAGGAACAAAAUGAUGAUGAUCUCACCUGAGUUCCGUAAGUCCAUGGACGCUUCAGUUCUCCAUCUUUUCUGAGAGAUUCUCUUCUUUGCGUUUUUAUUAAACAAUUAUCAUCACAACGCAAAUACAGAAGAGCUUAUUUAAUCAAUAGACAUUUCAUUGAGUUUGUUUUUUUAAAAUUUUUGUAUAGUUAUACUGCAUUAUUGUGUGUUCUGCUGUAUCUUCAAUUCUUUCUCAGUAGGCAAGACAUGUUGAAGGUUGGGAUGGUUGGAUUGUUCCUGCAAAAUCUUCCACCGCCAUUACUGUAAGAAUGUCUCAUGGAACCCUUUCAGUUUUCAUGUUCUUUGUUUUGUAUUUUGGAUUCAUUAUAAACUUUCAAUGCAAAUAUGUCCCAAUUAUCAGGUUUGAAAUCUUA